UUGCAAAAACCGGAACCGGCGCUAACUUCACAAAACCAUCCCUUUGCCCACGGCCCGCUGUCCCGCUGGCGCUUUGCCCCUUAUCGCAGACAGGCGUCGCGACAAAGAAGCACGAAAAACUAAGCAGACGACCUACCUGAUAGUCAUGUUUGUUUUGCAGGUAUUUCUGGUGGCCUUCAUGGCUGGUCACGCCCACGUCUCCAACAUCUGCGGGAAAGCAGACGACGUGCCCCUGUGCCGGUCCAUGGUGAAGGGCGCCACAGAUCCGGUAGCCGCCACAAAGGCAUCCAUUGACCAGCUGAUCACCGAGACCAAACGCGCCAAAGAAGCGAGCGUCCAAUUGGGGAAAUCCUCGUUUAUGGGCGCAUGCACGCAGAACUUUGGUGACAACAUUUUGAACCUGCAGGAAGGGCUGCAAGCUCUGAAGAGCAGGGACAAAGGCACCCUAAUGUCCAGCCUUUCCGCAGUUGUGUCGUUAUACAGCGGGUGCGACGACGCCAUUGGCGAAGGCGGCAUCGUCACGCAAGCUGCAGGCAUUGUGUCAAUCAAUAGCCAGCUAAUACAUAUGGCUAGCAAUUGCUUGUACUUGGCCGACUUGACUUAAGAACAAGCGUGGGGAGCUUUGGGCGGAGCAAUGUGUGGUCUUAGACUAACUCCACUCCACGUCCAUGAAAUUAUUUAAAUACAACUAUUACUUAUUAGACGAUGAUCGAAAAAUUGACAAAAAUAUCAAUAGAUUAUGAGUUCGAGAGUAA